UGGGGUAGGGGUGGUGGGGGGUCCCCAUGGCCGGGCUGAGGCGGCGGCGGCGCUGAGGCCGAAGCGCGGCGCCGAGGAAGAGGAAGAGCGAGAGAGCGCUGCUAAGACCCAGAGGGCUCUGCGGGCAGCGGGGCGGGCAGAGCGCGCAGGCAGCGGCGGCUCCAUCACCAGCCACAGAGAAAGGGGAAGAGGAGGAGGAGAAGGGAGGAAGGAAGAAGGGCCGCGGCGGAGCAGGGCGGGCGGGGGGGCCCCGCCGAGGAUGGACAUGGCCUGACGGGGCCUGGCAGCCGGCCGGUGCAGGUGUGCCGGCGGCGGCCCCCCCCGGCAGCAUCCUCGCCCUCCCCGAUGCCGCUGUAGCCGGCGAGGGGCCGCGGCGUGAGCGGGGGCUCGGCGGGGGCGGCGGCGGCGAGCGAUGCUGCGGGGAGAGGCGGCGGAGCCAUGCUGAGGACGGAGGCAGGCGGAGGGGCGGCCGCCGGGGGGGGGUCCCCCUCCUCCGGCGGGGCGGCGGGCGGCGGGGGGCUGCGGAGCGCGUCCCCGCACCGGAACGCCUACGAGGCCACCAUCCAGGCCCUGGCGCCCACAAAGGAGGCCGACGGCGGCGAGGACGGCAAGAAGAGCCGGGGCAAGAAGUAUGGCUCCAACGUCCACCGGAUCAAGAACAUGUUCCUGCAGAUGGGGACGGCGCCCGGCCCCGAGGGCGCCUGCGACCUGGCCAAGGCCAAGGAGAAGCCGGUGCGCCUCUCCUUGCCCCGCGCCGGCAGCCUCAGCGAGACCAUGGACCAGGGCAGCCUCCUCAAGCUGGGCACCAGCGUCUCGGAGCGGGUCAGCCGCUUUGACUCCAAGCCCGACAAGCCCUUCUCCAAGCUGCAGGAGACCCGCAAGAUCUUCGAGAGGAGCCCGCAGGAGAAGGCCACCACCACCAAGCUGCUGCUCCGCAAGGAGCGCGCCGGCUUCCAGGACCGCAAGCUGGACGUGGUGGUGAGGUUCAACGGCAGCACCGAGUCCCUGGACAAGCUGGACGCCGACGCCGUGUCGCCCACGGUCAGCCAGCUCAGCGCUGUCUUCGAGAAGGCCGAUCUCCGGAACAACCUGCACAAGGCGCAGGGCAGGGCGGGAGCGCCGCUCAACGCCAAGGUGGUGGGCAAGCAGCCGCGGGUCUUCGCGCCGGGCGCCGAGGCCGGGCGCCAGGGCGAUGGGCACCCUGCCCCAACCCGCGCCCGGCCACCCGAGGAGGAGAAGGCGCCGAGCAAAAGCGUGAGGCCGGCGGAGAAGGAACCGGCCGCCCCACGGGUGCAGGAGGUCUGCAAGAUCAAGCCGGUGGAGGUGGAGGAGAGCGGAGAGGGUGAGGAUGAGGAGGAAGAGGCGGCGGCAGCGGGAGAAGCGGUGCCACCUGUGCCCCAACUGGCCAAGGGGGACGAGGGUCCAGCGGCCACCGCCCCACGGCUGGAUGGGGGCGCCGGGGUUGCUGCGGGCGAGGAGGGCGUCAAGGGCGAGCGGGCGGAGGAGGGCGAUGGCUACGAGGAGGCCAAGAAGGAGGACUUCUCUGAGGCGGACCUGGUGGACAUAAGUGCCUACAGCGGGCUCGGGGAGGACUCGGGGGGCAGCGGGCUGGAGGAGGAGGAGGAGACCGAAGGGCUGUACGAACCCGAGUCGGGCUGUGUGGAGAUCCCUGGGCUGUCUGAGGAAGAGGAGCCUGUCCCCAACCGCAAGAUCCAGUUCAGCACAGCGCCCAUCCAGGUGUUCAGCACUUACUCCAACGAGGACUACGACCGCCGCAAUGAGGACGUCGACCCCAUGGCCGCCUCGGCCGAGUACGAGCUGGAGAAGAGGGUGGAGAGACUCGACCUCUUCCCUGUGGAGCUGGAGAAAGACUCCGAAGGGUUGGGGAUCAGCAUCAUCGGGAUGGGAGCGGGGGCCGACAUGGGCCUGGAGAAAUUGGGAAUCUUCGUCAAGACGGUGACGGAAGGAGGGGCGGCCCACCGGGAUGGCAGGAUCCAGGUGAACGAUCUGAUUGUGGAGGUGGAUGGCACCAGCCUGGUGGGGGUGACCCAGAGCUUCGCCGCCUCCGUCCUCAGGAACACCAAGGGCCGCGUCCGGUUCCUGAUCGGGCGGGAGAAGCCGGGGGAGCAGAGCGAGGUGGCACAGCUGAUCCAGCAGACGCUGGAGCAGGAGCGGUGGCAGCGGGAGAUGAUCGAGCAGCGCUACACCCAGUACACCGAGGACGAUGAGGAGACGGGCGAAUAUGCGACGGACGAGGAGGAGGAGAUGAGCCCCAUGUUCCCUGGUGGGGAGAUGGCCAUCGAGGUGUUCGAGCUGGCCGAGAAUGAGGACACGCUGUCCCCCGUGGAGAUGGACCCCGAGAAGCUGGUGCACAAGUUCAAGGAGCUCCAGAUCAAACACGCUGUCACCGAGGCCGAGAUCCAGCAGCUCAAGAGGAAGCUGCAGUGCCUGGAGCAGGAGAAGGCACGCUGGCGGGCUGAGAAGGCCCAGCUGGAGCAGAGCGUGGAGGAGAACAAGGAGCGGAUGGAGAAGCUGGAAGGGUACUGGAUGGAGGCCCAGAACCUGUGCCAGGCUGUGGACGAGCACCUCAAGGAGACCCAGGCCCAGUACCAGACCCUGGAGCGCAAGUACAGCAAGGCCAAGCGGCUCAUCAAGGAGUACCAGCAGAAGGAGAUCGAGUUCCUGAAGAAGGAGACGGCGCAGCGGCGGGUGCUGGAGGAGUCGGAGCUGGCACACAAAGAGGAGAUGGAGAAGCUGCAGGAGAAGAUCUCCGAACUGGAGGCCAAGCUAGCCCCCCCGCCCUUGUCCGUUCAGCGCCCCCGUGUAUCCCCCCACGCCCCCCUCCCGGUGCCCCCCCGCCUCUGUCCGUUCAUCACCGGCCCCGCUCCGGGCGGGGCUGACCCCGCCCCCCCGCCCCCGCCGUUUCCGGGUUCCUGUACCCCCCCCGCGGCCCCCGGCCCGGCGGGGCGGCCCAGCCCGGCUCGGCAGCGCCCUCCGCUCCCACCGGCCCUGCCACGGCCCCGGCCCAGCCCGCGGGAGGCGACCAGGGGCGACCAGGAUGCCCCAGAAGCGCCGCUUUGUCCCACCAUGUCGGUCUCCAAGCUGCAGGACACGGACGAGGUUUUUGAUUUUACCGCUGUGGUUCCAGAGACGCCGCGCCUGGACAGCAGCCUGCACAAAGCCCGGGCCCGCCUGCUGGCCAAGGGCCGCCGCCACCGGCCCUCCCGCUCCCGCCUGCGCGACAGCGCCAGCUCCACCGAGGGCGACGAGGGGGACACCGCGGGCACCGAGGGUGAUGGCAGCCCCCCGACCCCCUCGCCCUUCUCCCGUGCCGGCGACUUCUCCUUCGACGGGGGCGCGGGACGGGCGGCGCUGGGGGACCCCCCGGCCCCCACGACGCCCCUCAGCCGCUACCGGCCCCUCACCAACACCUCGUCCCAGGAGGGGCUGUCAGGCCCCACUGUGCCCAAAUCUUGCCCCAGCUCCGACAGCUCCCCCGGCUUCGCCCGCCACGAUGCCCGGCCCCGGCAGCACAGCGAAGAUGACAGCAGGGACAUGAGCCCCCCCGAGCCCGCCAGUCCCACCGUGGGGCUGGACAAGAAAACACGGAGGAAGUUCUUGGAUUUGGGGGUGACCCUGCGCCGGGCGUCCUCCGGCAAGAGCCGCAAAGAGAAGAGCAGCAACCGCCUGUCCACGGGCAGCAGGGAGGCAGCAGAGGGUCCCGGCCGCCCCUCGGGCUCCCCCUUCCUGCCCUUCUCGUGGUUCUCGGACAGCGCCAGGGGCUCGGGCUCCCCCGGCUCCGCGUCCCCCUGCGGCUCCCCCCGGCACGAGGGGCUCAGCCCCGCCAAAUCCGCCUCCCAGGACUCGACGCUGAGCGAGGACUCCCCCCCGCCCAGCGCCAGCCCCCGCCUGCCCGGGCCCCCCCGCGCCAAGUGCUCGUACCCCUACCACACCCUGUCCCAGUCCUCGGACGAGUUCCUGGAGGAGCCCCCCGGCGCGGCCGCGGGCUGGACGUGCCAGCAGGUGGGGCAGUGGCUGGAGAGCCUGAGCCUGGAGCAGUACGUGCAGGACUUUUCUGCCCACGGCGUGGACGGGCCCCGGCUCCUGCACCUCGACGGGGCCAAGCUCAAGGCACUGGGGGUGGGCAGCUCCCAGGACAGGGCGGUGCUGAAGAGGAAGCUGAAGGAGCUGAGCCUGGCGGCCGAGAGGGAGCGCAAGGCCCAGGAGAAGGCGGAGAAGCAGCGGGAGAAGCAGAAGAAGAAGGACCUCCAGGAGCAGCGGCGGAGUUAAGGGGGGGCCUGGGAGUGCCCCUGCACCCCUUCCCCACCCACAGCCCCCCCGGGACGCCCCGGGGGACCCCCGGCGUGGGACACACUGGCGUGGCUGAGGGACGGUGCCAGGCUGAGACGAGCA